AUGGAAAAGGAAGGCCUGGACCAUACCACUCAUGACACCUCAAUCGAGGAAGAAGUUGGAAGAAUCGAGGUCAGGGAGGCAACUGAUACUAUAGAUCCUGCCAUCGUACGGAGCCUGAAGAGAAAGGCUGACCUAAUCAUUAUUCCCACACUCGCAACUACUUAUUUAUUCAAUUCGUUGGACCGGAGCAAUCUUUCCAAUGCCCAUACUGCCGGUUUGGUCCAAGACCUGAACAUGUCAGGCAAUCAAUUCAGUCUCGCACUGACGUACUACUUCAUUCCUUUCUGCAUUUGCGGACCACCAGCGGGAAUGCUCAGCAAACAGUUCUCUGCCAAAUACUCCAUUCCAGUGAUGAUGUUGGGUUUUGGUGCUGCUUCUCUGGCUACCUCAUUUGUGACCAAUUUUGGGCAAUUGGUGGCUUGUCGAUGUCUGGUCGGCGUUUUCGAAGCUGGGUUCCUCACGGCGGUCGUCUACUACCUGUCCAUCUGGUAUACUCGUACCGAAAUCGCAUCGCGAAUUGGAGUCUUUUACGCAGCAUUGGUGGCAUCAUCCGCAUUUGGUGGACUCAUCUCAUAUGGCACCUUCCAGAUGAAAACCCACCACUACCAAUGGUUCUACUUGUUCAUCAUUGAAGGGUCCCUGACCAUCUGUGUGGCAUUGGCCACGUUCUUCAUCAUCCCCAAGAGCAUUCGCAGCUGUCGAUUCCUGACAGAGGCAGAAAAGGAUGCCGCCGAAACUCGUAUUCUCGCCGAAUCGGCAGAGACCCUGGAGAGCAAGUUCAGCUGGAGACAGGCUUUGAGCGAAUGGAAGACGCCUCAUCCCUAUGUCCGGAUCGUCGUCGCAAUCACUUAUUCUACCUUGUUGACAUCGAACAACAAUUUUCUGGCGAUUAUCGUUGGGAGACUCGGAUACGACACUGUGAAGACAAAUCUGUAUACGGUAGCCCCAUCUUUGGUUGCAGCAGUCUUCCUGGUCGCCGCUACCUUUUCAUCAGACCAUUUCCGCGAGCGUGGGAUUCACAUGGUAGUAUCGCUCGCUAUCAGCGUUGUCGGCUACAUCCUACUCAUCACUGUGAAUCUGGACAAUAUCGGGCUCACUUACUUUGCCAUAUUCAUGACCACUGUUGGUGCCUACCCAAUGUCACCCAUCAACAACGCAUGGAUCGUGUCCAAUAUUCCCAACCUCAACGCCCGUGCUUUCACAAGCGCCAUGCUCAUUUCCAUCGCCAACACUGCCGGUCUGAUCUCCAGCAACAUUCUCAUCGCAUCCGAAGCACCUCGUUACGUGACAUCCUGCUGGGUUAAUCUAGGCGCCGCAAUCCUCUGCCUCAUUACCUGUGCCGGCUAUUCGGGCUGGAUGAGGUGGGAGAAUCGCCGAAGAGAUCGCGUACAAGGCGUCUCUGGCCAAGAGUACAUUACCCGAGGUGUCACAGGGACUACGGAUCCAAGAUUCCGAUUUUGUCCCUGA